UACGGCACGGCGUGGCACUUCCGUAAUAAGGAACAAACUGGAGGGCAUUUCAGCAACGUAUACCCUCUUUUCUUCCGUUUCACGCUUGCUUCACAUCUAAGCCAACAAAACCAAACACACUUCUUCUCCCUCUUUUCAACGUUCUGUACAGCGGAAGAACGAACCCUUUACUCGUUCUUCUUCCGCGCUUUCUCUCCCCACAACCGCUGCUGCCGGUUGUUUCGUUCUUUCUCUCUUCUCAACCUGCCACGUCACCUUCUUCUCGGAGUCGCGCGGCGUUGAUCGUUCUGCUACCGUUGUGGUUCCGGCGAUGGGACAACAAUCGUUGAUCUACAGUUUCGUCGCUCGCGGCACCGUGAUCCUCGCCGAGUAUACCGAGUUCACGGGAAACUUUACGGGCGUGGCGGCGCAAUGCCUCCAGAAACUCCCUUCCUCUAACAACAAGUUCACCUACAACUGCGAUGGCCACACCUUCAACUACCUCGUCGAUAACGGAUUCACGUAUUGUGUGGUUGCUGUUGAAUCUGCUGGACGGCAGAUUCCAAUUGCUUUCCUGGAACAAAUCAAGGAGGAUUUCACCAAAAAAUAUGCUGGAGGAAAAGCAGCAACAGCCGCCGCCCAGAGCCUCAACAGAGAGUUUGGACCUAAGUUGAAGGAGCAGAUGCAGUACUGUGUUGAUCAUCCAGAGGAAAUUAGCAAGCUUGCUAAAGUGAAAGCUCAGGUGUCAGAAGUCAAAGGAGUUAUGAUGGAAAAUAUUGAGAAGGUUCUUGAUCGUGGGGAGAAAAUUGAGCUUUUGGUGGAUAAAACAGAGAAUCUUCGUUCUCAGGCUCAGGAUUUCAGGCAACAGGGAACCAAGAUUAGGAGAAAGAUGUGGUUCCAAAACAUGAAGAUAAAGCUAAUAGUUCUGGGUAUCUUAAUUGCCUUGAUUCUCAUUAUUGUUCUGUCCGUUUGUGGUGGCUUCCACUGUGGUAAAUGAGUCUUCCCACUUUCUGGCUCCUCACUCCAUAUCAUUGUUACUAGCAGAUUGCCAUUGUGCGCGUAGUGUCGACAUGGUGCUUUUCACUUACUUUUUGGGAUUUACAUUCUUCGAAAUUUGAUUAUCAAUAUUACAUGGCAUUGCUUGUAUAGUGUGUAAUGCUAGUUUUCCAUUUUCUAUAGUUUAGGUGGGAGUUUAAUCAUUUGGUUUUGAAGAUUAUGCUGUUUUAUUUAUGAUAAGAAACCAACCUUUACGUAGUUGAGCUUCUUAUUACCAUAUUUUAAUGUGCUAAUUUUAAACGCUGGUGUUUGGUUAAAUUUAUGGGUUUUAAUUCA